GCAGGAGACAGACGGACAGACGGACAAAGACGCUGCGCCCAGGCCUCGCCAUCCAUCGUGGGCAGCCCCCUGCCUCAGAUGACGUCAUCACACGCCAUGAGAAUCAACCCCCUGCCUCAGCUGGCCCUGCUCUUCACGUUACUGUUUCCGGGGACCCAGGCCCUUCUGGCUCCGACCACACAGGACGCCAGCUCCGCCCUCAACCUGACCUUCGACCCCUGGACCCGGAUGCUGACCUGGGCCUGCGACGCCACCGCGGGAAACGUCACGGUGACGUCAUGCACCGUGACCGCGCGGGAGGCGGGGAUACUGCGGCGAGUCCAGCCCCAGGGUUGCCGCUGCUGGUUCAGGAAGAUGAUGGCUUUGCACCGCGGUGUCACGCUGGAUGUCAACGGCACGGUCGGAGGCGCGCCUGCGCACUGGAGGCUGAGCUUCGUCAACGCAGGCGCGGCGGGCUCGGGGGCGGAGAACCUGACCUGCGAGAUCCGCGCAGCGCGCUUCCUGUCCUGCGCGUGGCGGGCGGGGCCAGCGGCACCCGCGGACGUCCGGUACUCGCUGCGCGUCCUCAACUCCACGGGUCAUGACGUCGCGCGAUGCUUCGCCCACCCCGACCCUGGCGAUGGCGUCAUCACACGGUGCAUUGCGGACGACUUGUCGCUGUUGGGGAGCGAGGCCUACCUGGUCGUGACCGGUCGGAGCCAUGCGGGGCCAGUGCGGUUCCUGGACGCAGUGGAGGACACAAAGGCGCUCGAGCGGCUCGGUCCCCCACGUGACGUCACCGCGUCCUGUAACUCCUCCCACUGUGCCGUCACGUGGGCCCCGCCCACGACCUGGGCGCCCUUGACAGCCAGGGACUUCCAGUUUGAGGUCGAGUGGCAGAGCGCCGAGCCAGGAAGCACGCCCCGGAAGGUGCUUGUUGUGGAGGAGACCCGCCUCGCCUUCCCCAGCCCCACCCCCCGCGGAGGUCACGGGGUCAGGGUGCGCGCGGGCGACACCCGGUUGAAGCACUGGGGCGAAUGGAGCCCCGCCCAUCUGCUCGAGGCUGAGGACGCGCGGGUGCCCAGCGCGGUCGUGUUUGCAGUGACCGCCUGCGCGGUCCUACUGUGCGCGCUGGCGCUCGGGGUGACGUGCAUAAGGUUCGAAGUGACGCGCCGACUCUUCCCGCCCAUCCCCGGGAUCAGGGACAAGGUGUCCGACAAUGUGCGAGUGAACCCUGAGACCCUCAGGAAGGACCUCUUGCAGCCCUAGACGUCCCGCCACUGACGUGACUGAUAGAAGGGACUUAAACUUCAUGACAUCAACUGACGCGACGCUGAUAAAUGUCAUCGCGAAUGCUCCCCCCGCCGCCUCCCCACACGCGUCUGGCGUGACUGGACGGCUGGGGUCCUGUCCAUCAAUCAUUAAAGUGGGCGUGUCUGGUUUCAUCCUGUCAAUCACCCUGGAAGGGCGAGUUUAACAACAUUGUUGUCAGCGUGACAUCACAGUCCCACCAAAUUCCCCUCCCUCUGUAGCCCCGCCCGCCCUGACAGGAAGCUCAGGUGACUGGGAAGCCGCCACUGUCAAUCAAGGCCGCUGCCAGAAGUGCCCACCCCCUCACUUGGCAAAACAUCAGUACUCACAGCCAUCCUCCCUCCUGCCUCAGUUCCAGGGAUGGCAGGGACAGCGUGCAGAUCCCCACCUUAAUACUUUCCUCAGUCCUUAACUAACCCUAGCCCUUAAUAUUUUACCUAUACCGUAACAGCCAGCAGGUUUGCCCUCUGAGCCAUCGUACGUGCAACAAUGUACGCACAUACACAAAAUAAAUCCUUGAGAGAAAGGAAGAAAUCAAACAUAAGCCCACUAGAUGACAAGUGACAGCACCCACAGCUGAAAUAUCACAUGCACGCACAGACAGACACAGACACACACUGUCAUAAAAUCCAACGUGCCAUCAUGAUCAAAGUUCUGUAGUCAAUAGUCCUAGAAGAAACAUAUGUCGGUAAAAUAAAAGCCAGAACCUUUUCUGCUUUGUUUUAUUUUGCCUCAAGAUAAGGUUUCUCUCGGUGUAGCCCAGCAGCCUUGCCUGGAACUUGCUCUGCAGGCUUGGGUAGCCUCAACCUCACAGAGGUCCUCUCUGCCUACCUGCUUCUUGCCACCCACACAGCCGGGCAGAAGCUAGAAUAUUUUUUUCUUCUCAUUUAUUUAUUU